AUGGCGGCUCCACUUCCCAUCAAGUUUACAGAGUUACUUCUGUUAACAAAUCCUAGUGUGGGAGUGCAGCAAGCUUCUAUAGGUUUCAAUUCAUGCACCCUCGAAUCAGAUUCAUUUGUUUGUGUUCGUGACAAGAAAGAUGAUUCAUCUUCCCCAGAUGUUGUUAUCAUUGAACUUAAAAAUAAUAAUAAUGUCAAGCGCAGGCCUAUCAAGGCUGACAGUGCUAUCAUGCACUGGACUAAACAAAUAAUUGCCCUAAAAGCACAAUCUAGAACUCUCCAAAUAUUUGAUCUUGCCGAGAAGCAAAAGAUGAAGUCAACCAUAAUGAACGAGGAUGUUGUAUUUUGGAAAUGGCUCAGUGAAACAACUUUAGGACUUGUGACUGAAACAGCUGUAUGCCACUGGGACAUAUUUGACGAGAAUCAGCCAGCACCAGUUGAAGUUCUCAAGCGUAGUCAAAAUCUAGCAGGAUGUCAAAUUAUAAAUUAUCGGGUAAGCGAUGACGGAAAGUGGAUGGUUGUUGUAGGCAUUUCACAACAACAAGGCCGAGUUGUUGGUUCCAUGCAACUCUACUCCAAAGAACGAAAUAUAAGCCAACCUAUCGAAGGUCACGCUGCCGCUUUUGGAACCUUGAAAUUAGAAGGAGCCCCGUCAGAAACAAAGGUAUUUACAUUUUCUGUUCGCGCAGCUACAGGUGCAAAACUUCACAUAGUUGAGGUCGAUCACAAAGCCGACAACCCUGCAUUUCCUAAGAGAGCUGUCGAUGUAUACUUUCCAACUGAAGCUGUCAACGAUUUUCCAGUUGCAAUGCAAGUCUCGCAACGCUACAGCAUCAUCUACCUGGUUACAAAGUAUGGUUUUAUACACUUAUAUGACCUCGAAACAGGAACCUGUAUAUUCAUGAAUCGGAUUUCCAGUGAAACUAUAUUCAUCACCGCGCCUGAUACUGAAUCUUCGGGUAUACUAGGUGUGAACCGUAAAGGUCAGGUGCUGUCGGUAACUAUUGACGAAAAUAAUAUCAUUCCAUAUUUACUCGGAAACCCAGCAAACUCAAAUCUUGCAGUUAAACUUGCAUCGAGGGCGGGAUUACCUGGAGCUGAUAGUCUCUAUUCUGCUCAAUUUGAACAACUGAUGAAUUCCGGUAACUACGCAGAAGCUGCAAAAAUCGCUGCAAAUUCUCCCCGGGGAUUCCUACGUACUACACAGACUAUUGAAAAGUUCAAGGCUCUCCCACAAGCUACUGGUCAGCUAUCCACUAUACUGCAAUACUUCGGAAUGCUUCUCGACAAGGGUACUCUCAAUAAGCAUGAGACACUCGAGUUGGUAAAGCCCGUUCUCGCACAAAACCGAAAGCCCUUGCUUGAAAAAUGGCUAAAAGAAAACAAGUUGGAUUUUUCUGAAGAGCUUGGUGAUUUUGUCCGCCCACAUGAUUUAAAUCUUGCUCUAAGUAUAUACCUGCGCGCCAAUGUGCCGGCAAAAGUUGUAGCAGCUUUUGCUGAGACCGGUCAAUUUGAAAAGAUCCUACCAUACUCAGCUCAGGUUGGAUAUCAGUGUGAUUACAUCGUACUACUACAGAACAUUGUACGAAUAAAUCCGGAAAAGGGUGCCGAAUUUGCGACGCAGAUUUUGAACAACGAGAAUGGUUCUUCAGUCGAUAUAGAGCGCGUAGUUGAUGUAUUCCAAUCCCAAGGAAUGGUACAGCCAGCUACAGCUUUCUUACUUGAUGCCUUGAAGGAGAAUAAACCAGAACAAGGCCAGCUACAAACGCGCUUAUUAGAAAUGAACCUGAUUAACGCUCCACAAGUCGCUGACGCUAUCAUCGGUAAUAAUAUGUUCUCACAUUUCGAUAGAUCGCGUAUAGCAAACCUCUGUGAGCAGGCCGGAUUACUUCAGCGUGCAUUGGAGUUAUUUGAUGAUCCUGAAUCUAUAAAACGUGUGGUCGUCAAUAUUGUCGCGACUCCCACAUUCAGUCAGGAAUGGCUCAUCGGCUUUUUUGGUCGGCUAUCACUCGCACAGUCGCUCGAGUGCCUUGAUGUUAUGCUAAAAACGAACAUGCGCCAGAAUCUAGCGGCCGUCGUGCAGAUAGCCACCAAGUAUUCAGAUCUUCUCGGACCCACUAAUCUGAUUGACCUCUUCGAAAAAUACAAAACCUCCGAAGGUCUUUUCUAUUAUCUAGGAAGCAUUGUCAGCCUAAGCGAAGAUCCUGAUGUUAACUUUAAGUACAUCGAGGCUGCAACGAGUAUGGGUCAAUUUACUGAGGUCGAACGCAUCUGCCGAGACAGCAAUCAUUACAAUCCCGAGAAAGUAAAAAACUUUCUAAAAGAGGCCAAGUUGACGGAACAACUACCACUUAUAAUUGUCUGUGACCGCUUUAACUUCAUUCACGAUCUUGUCCUUUACCUCUAUCAGCAACAACAAUUCAAGUCGAUUGAAGUCUACGUCCAGCGCGUAAAUCCAGCUCGAACACCUGCAGUUGUUAGUGGCUUACUAGAUGUUGAUUGCGAAGAAUCAAUCAUCAAGAACCUCCUACAGACAGUAAAUCCUGCAUCAGUACCGAUUGAUGAAUUAGUAGCAGAAGUGGAAUCUCGAAAUCGUCUCAAACUUCUGCUUCCAUUUUUAGAGGCCACUCUAGCUGCAGGAAAUCAGCAAAGAGCUGUUUACAAUGCUCUAGCUAAAAUUUACAUUGAUAGCAAUAAUAAUCCUGAGAAAUUUCUCAAGGAGAACGAUCAGUAUGAUCCUUUAAUUGUCGGGAAAUACUGCGAGAAACGUGAUCCAAAUCUUGCGUACAUUGCCUAUCGCAAAGGACAGAAUGAUCUCGAGCUCGUCAAUAUCACGAACGAAAACUCAAUGUUUAAAGCUCAAGCUCGAUACCUCCUUGAAAGGGCCGAUCGCGAACUCUGGGGAUUUGUUCUUAGUGCAAACAAUAUUCACCGUCGUUCUGUUAUUGAUCAAGUCAUUUCUACUGCUGUUCCUGGAUCUACUGAGCCUGAUAAAGUCUCUGUCGCUGUGGCUUCAUUCCUCGCAUCUGAUCUACCUACAGAAUUGAUCGAGCUUCUCGAAAAGAUAGUGCUAGAGCCAUCGCCUUUCAGUGAUAAUGAGAAUUUGCAAAACUUACUCAUACUUACUGCCACUAAAUCCGACAAAAGUAGAGUGAUGGAUUAUGUUAAUAGGCUUGAAGCAUAUAAUGCACCUGAUAUCGCCAACAUUUGCAUAGAAGUCGGUCUUUUUGAGGAAGCAUUCGAAGUUUACAAGAAGAUCAACGACCACAAGAGUGCUGCCAAUGUACUGGUUGAAAAUAUCGUCAGCAUUGAUCGUGCCCAGGAAUAUGCAGAGCGUGUAGAACUACCUGAGGUCUGGAGCCGUAUCGCCAAGGCACAAUUAGAUGGCCUCCGGAUCAGUGAUAGUAUCUCCUCGUACAUUCGAGCUGCGGAUCCUAGCAACUACUCUGAAGUUAUUGAGAUUUCUACCCAUGCUGGUAAGGACGAAGACUUGAUCAAGUUUCUACGGAUGGCCCGAAAAACUCUCAGAGAACCGCGCAUCGAUACUGCUCUCGCAUUUUCAUAUGCUCGCACUAAUCAACUGAGUGAGCUCGAGGACUUUCUCCGUGGGACUAAUGUCGCAGAUAUCGAAGAGUCAGGUGACAAAGCCUUUGCUGAGAGCCUUCACCAGGCAGCCAAGAUAUUUUUCACAAGUAUUUCGAAUUGGGCUAAGCUUUCUACCACGCUCGUAUAUCUCGAGGAAUAUCAAUCUGCCGUUGAGUGUGCUCGCAAAGCCAAUAAUAUAAAAGUCUGGAAACAAGUUAAUACCGCUUGUAUUGAAAAAACCGAAUUCAGGCUCGCACAAAUUUGUGGUCUAAACCUAAUUAUCGACGCAGAAGAGCUACAGGAUCUAGUCAAACAAUACGAACGAAACGGCUAUUUUGAUGAACUCAUAAGUCUCCUUGAGCAAGGAUUAGCGCUCGAAAGAGCUCACAUGGGAAUGUUUACCGAGUUAGGCAUUUCACUGUCAAAAUAUCACCCUGAUCGAGUGAUGGAACAUCUUAAACUAUUUUGGAGUCGGAUUAACAUUCCAAAGAUGAUUCGCGCCUGUGAGGAAGCAAAUCUUUGGCCAGAGUUGGUUUUUCUAUACUGCCACUACGAUGAGUGGGACAAUGCAGCUCUAGCAAUGAUGGAGCGUGCUUCAGAUGCUUGGGAACACCACUCUUUCAAAGACAUCAUUGUGAAGGUUGCCAACCUCGAGAUCUACUAUCGUGCCCUAAAUUUCUAUCUUGAACAGCAGCCUUCUCUUCUUACUGAUCUACUUCAAAUUUUGACUCCGAGAAUCGAUGUAAACCGCGUGGUCAAAAUGUUUGAGAAAUCUGACAAUAUCCCUCUCAUUAAACCGUUCUUGUUUAGUGUUCAAGGACAAAAUAAGAAGAGUGUUAAUAAUGCUAUUAAUGAACUUUUAAUGGAAGAAGAGGACUACAAAACUCUACGGGACUCUGUCGAGAAUUACGAUAACUAUGAUCCCGCUGAGCUCGCUCAGCGGCUUGAGCGGCAUGAUUUGGUGUUCUUUCGUCAAAUAUCAGCAAGCAUUUACCGUAAAAACAAGCGAUGGGAAAAAUCCAUAUCUCUAUCGAAGCAGGACAAAUUAUUCAAAGAUGCCAUAGAGACAGCAGCAAUGUCUGGUAAGGCUGAUGUUGUCGAAGAAUUGCUUCGAUACUUUGUAGAUAUCGGCAGUCGUGAGUGCUAUGUAGGUAUGCUUUACGCAUGUUAUGAUCUUAUUCCCAUCCAUCUCGUCAUGGAGAUAUCAUGGCGUCACGGCCUCACUGAUUUUACGAUGCCAUUCAUGAUUAACUAUCUCGCUCAACAAAAUUCUACUAUCGAGAUGCUAGAAAAAGAUAACGCUGAGCGUAAAUCUCGAGAAAGUUCACAAGAAAAACAAGAAAACAGCACGCCGAUCCUCGGCGGUAAUAGAUUAAUGAUCACAGCCGGAUCAGUUGCUAGUCAUACGCCUCCUGCUACUUUUCCUCAAACUAAUGGUUUUACGUCCCAGGUAACAGGAUACGGAGGGUACUAA